CUCUCCUCUGACUCUGCACCCUGGAGAUGGCGGCGCCCAAGGUGGCAGUGGUCGGCGCGGGAGUCAUCGGCCUGUCCACAGCACUCUGCAUAGUGGAGGCUUGCCCCAGCUGCUCUGUGGCUGUCCUCUCAGAGCAGUUCAGCCCCAACACAACGAGUGAUGUUGCAGCUGGGAUGCUCAUCCCUCACGCCUACCCAGGCACACCAAUCCACGUGCAGAAGCGGUGGUUCAAAGAGACCUUUGCUUACCUUUUUGCCAUCUGCAACUCAGCAGAGGCAUCAGAGGCUGGCAUUCACAUGGUCUCUGGGUGGCAGAUCUUUACAAACACUCCCAGGGAAGAGUCACCUUUCUGGUCAGAUGUUGUCCUGGGAUUUCGACCCAUGUCCGAAGCAGAGCUCCAGAAGUUUCCACAGCACCGCUUUGGUCAGGCUUUUACCACACUGAAGUGUGACUGUCCACCCUACCUGCUGUGGCUGGAGAAAAGGUUGAAAGCAGCUGGAGUCCAGAUGUACACCAGAAAAGUUUCAGACCUGUGGGAGCUGCACAGCGAGUACGACGUCAUCGUCAACUGUGCAGGCAUUGGAGCUCACCAGCUGGUGGGGGAUGAGAAGCUCUUCCCUGUCAGGGGUCAAGUACUGAAGGUUCAUGCACCUUGGGUCAAGAACUUCAUCCGGGAUGGGGAUGGCUCCACUUACAUCUACCCAGGGAUACACAGGGUAACCCUAGGGGGAACCAGGGAAAAGGACAACUGGAGUCUCGCCCCUGACCCUCGCACUACCAAAGACAUCUUCGACAGAUGCUGCUCCCUUGAGCCCUCGCUGCAGGGAGCUCAGGAUGUCAAGGUGAAGGUGGGCCUGAGGCCAUCCAGGCAGAGUGUGAGACUCAACAGAGAGGUCUUGAGGCAAGGAGGAGUUAAGCUCCUGGUGGUCCACAACUAUGGGCAUGGGGCAGGUGGCUUUUCGAUGCACUGGGGCACAGCCCAAGAGGCUGCUCGCCUGGUGGGAGAGUGCAUUGCUGUUCUGCAAGGCUCCUCAUCAAGGGCCAAGCUUUGAAUCCUAGGGGCUCUUUUUCCAUUUAGAACAGGCUAGUGUUGCAUUUCCAAGUAGCAGCUUUGGACUUUUUAUUGGGUAGCAGGAACCUAAGAUAACAGCUUCUGCCAUUACAGAUGCUCAGUGGUAUCUCAGCUGGCUUCUGCCACCUUAGAAAGGCAUGAUGGAAGGAGCAGAACUGCACACAGUACUCAUGAUGGGGGGGUAAACCUUGUAGUUAAGUGAUGACAUCUCUCUUCCCUUCCUUAUUUUCUUAUCUUAAAUUGCUUUAUAAUCAGUAACAAGCUUUUAACUGACAUUUGAACAGAAAUUCCUAAUCCCAAGUCAUCUGUCCUGAAGGGUACCAGCUGGUUCAAAGCAUCAGAAGAACACUGGCACAGGGGAGAGGAUUAACAGUGGAAGGUCAUGAAACCUCCACAACUUCCCAUGCUGAUGAGAGGUGCAUUUAAAGAAAGACUCAGCUGUCACCUGUGCAAAGUAUUUGAUCCUUGUGCCAUUUUCUCCCAUAUGUGUGCAGACAAAACUGGCCCUAGCGGAGCCAUUCCCUCUGUACCAGCACUUUCUGAUCUACAGUGAGCCAGGACACAACCCUGGCAGAUGGCAGUCAGCAGGGCAGGGAACUUCAAAGGGGUAAUUGUGGCAUAGACAGGGAACUAUUACACUCUGAGCCAUUUGCAUCGGUCCUUGAGACUGCAGACAGCAGAGGGGCUGCAUGGCAGAUUUUUAGCGAUUGAGCACAAAAACAGUUUUGUGCAGCAGGGAAUGUUGCUGAUUUUCAUUGCAGAAACAAAGCUGUGAAGACACCUUGUCCUGAUCCAGGCUUUUGCCCCUAUUUAAAACAAAUUUGUCCAAUUCCUGAAAAGAAAAAG